AUGGCUUCGCCUCUCUUUGCUGCGCGGGCGGCCCGCAAGGCUGCCUUCAAUGUCGCCGGCAAGCGAUACCUAUCCGAUAUUUCCAUUACCCGAACUGGCAAGCCUAUUAUGCGUGUUGAGGGAGGCCGUUCAUCCCUCGGAGGCCAUACUGUUACCGUAUUUGGCGCAACCGGCCAACUAGGACGAUACAUUGUCAACCGACUGGCCCGUCAGGGAUGCACUGUCAUUAUUCCCUACCGCGAGGAGAUGUCCAAGCGUCAUCUUAAGGUCACUGGAGAUCUUGGCCGUGUUGUUUUCAUUGAGCACGACCUUCGAAACACCCCUUCGAUCGAGGCUAGCGUCCGACAUUCCGAUGCCGUUUUCAACUUGAUUGGCCGCGACUAUCCUACCAAGAACUUCUCCUUGGAGGAUGUGCACGUUGAGGGAACUGAGAGAAUUGUCGAGGCUGUUUGCAAGUACGAUGUCGACCGAUAUAUCCACGUUUCCUCCCACAGCGCCAACUCUCAGUCCGUCUCUGAGUUCUACCGAACCAAGGGUCGAGCUGAGGAGGUUGCCCGACAACUUUUCCCUGAGACCACUAUUGUCCGACCUGCGCCCAUCUUCGGUUUUGAGGACAACCUGCUUCUGAAGCUUGCUGGUGUCACCAACCUCUUCACUUCCAACAACAUGCAGGAGAAGUUCUACCCCGUUCACUCUAUCGACGUUGGUGCUGCUCUUGAGAAGAUCUUCUAUGACGACACAACUGCUGGGCAGACGUUUGAGCUUUACGGACCCAAGAAGUACAGCAUGGAGGAGAUUUCUGUUAUGGUCGAUAAGGAGAUUUACAAGCAACGACGACACAUCAACGUGCCCAAGGCCAUCCUUAAGCCUGUUGCUGAGAUCCUGAACAAGUUCCUUUGGUGGCACACUCUGUCAGCCGAUGAGGUUGAGCGAGAGUACUUGGACCAGGUUAUUGACCCUGAGGCCAAGACCUUUAAGGAUCUUGGUAUUGAGCCUGGUGACAUUAUCAACUUCACCUACCACUACCUGCAAGGAUUCCGAAGUCAGAACUUCUACGAUCUCCCCCCUGCGACAGAGAAGGAGAAGAGGGAAGAGAAGAAGUACAUCCAUGUCUUGGAUGAGUUGUAA